AAGUGAAGUAGAAGAAAUCUUUCUGUAGAAUUUCCUUAUGUCCAUCCUUACGUCACACAAACCAAGGUUUGCCACAUACGAUUCUACUUGUCAAAUUGCCCAACAGAUUGCUGAGAAAAUUCAACAACGAAAUCAGUAUGAACGAAAUGGUGAAAACACAAGCAAGCUUACGGUGACAAUCAGAACGUUGUUGCAGAAUCUGAAGGAAAAGAUCGCCCUUUUGAAGGACUUAUUGCUAAGAGCUGUGUCAACACAUCAGAUAACCCAGCUUGAAGGGGACAGAAGACAGAACCUAUUGGACGAUCUUGUCACCCGAGAGCGACUGCUUCUGGCGUCCUUUAAGAAUGAGGGUGCCGAGCCAGAUCUGAUCAGGUCCAGCCUGCUGACUGGGGGAGCUCAGGGCCCAGCGCCCAACCCUUGGCUCCUGGAGGAGUCAGAGGAGACGGGAGGCUUAGGUUUCAACGAAAUCCGGCAACAGCAGCAGAGAAUUAUCCAAGAGCAGGAUGCAGGCCUUGAUGCCCUUUCCUCCAUCAUCAGUCGCCAAAAACAAAUGGGGCAGGAGAUUGGGAAUGAAUUGGACGAACAAAACGAGAUCAUUGAUGACCUUGCCAACCUGGUGGAGAAUACAGAUGUGAAACUUCGCACCGAAACAAGGCGUGUGAGCAGGGUGGACCAAAAGUCGGCAUCCUGUGGGAUGGUCAUGGUGAUAUUGCUGCUGCUGGUGGCCAUCGUGGUCGUUGGCGUCUGGCCCACCAACUAAUGGCAGAAAAGGGACCCCCAGCAGAGACGCCCACCAGCGUCCGAUGAAGGCCCAGCACCCUCCCGCUACACAAACGCUGCCCUCAAUAAACACCCUCCGUGCUCCAAA